GUUAAAGCCUUUUGAUUUACCUUUUAAGGACUAAAUUCCCCAAAUAUUCUCUCAUCCACCCUCUCCUUCCUACCUUCAACGAUAAGACAGAGAGGCGGAAUAUCUCCGGUGAACGGAACGAUUUCAACUUACUUCUAUCUCCAACUCGAUUAGAUUCAGAUCCAUAUAGUCUCAAGGGUCUUGCUUCCUUCCUUCUUUCUCCAACUGGCAAGAGUGACAAUGGCUGGCACCAAGGGAUCAGAGAGGAGUUUGAUGUACCCAGGAAAAAAUGCUUUGCUCCCUCCAAAGAUCCCGUUUCCUAGCGUAUCAGCAUCCUACUCUGAGUACAUUCCCUGUGGCCUAAGGCACGGUCACAAGGUUAGUGUUGAGAAAACGCACCACCAGCGGACUUCCUCUGAGAGCCAUCUGGUGGAAGAGCUUCCCUUUUGGCUUGACGAUCUUCUCAGUGAGCCAGAGAGUCCUGCUCGCAAAUCUGGUCAUAGGCGUUCAGCAAGCGACUCUUAUGCUUACCUAGACGUGGCUAAUGCUACAAACAUAAGUGAUUUCAGCUAUAGGAGUCCAGUUUCUUCUAUUCAAAGAGGAACUCAAGAGCUUGAUCGUACUAAAAUCACUCAAGACGCGUCCUCCUUUUACUCUGAUGCUAGUUUCCUAAAACAGAGGAGUCGGCAACUGGUGGCAUCUGGGGCUCUUCCUUCUUGGCUACCUUCCGCUCGAGAGUGUGUUGGUGGGAAAAACAUGGGAGCGUCAUAUAUGUCUCAGGAUGCAACAGCAGAAACAAAGAAAUAUGCAGAAGCUCUUUCUCAUGACACAAAGAGGUUCUCUUCUGAGGAAAACAACUCCAAUCCUCAGCAUGUGACGUAUGAGGCUGACAAUACAAAACGUGCCAAACAGCAAUUUGCACAACGAUCACGGGUUCGUAAGCUCCAGUACAUAUCUGAGCUAGAAAGGAAUGUGCAGUCGUUGCAGGCAGAAGGCUCCAAAGUUUCAGCUGAGCUUGAUUUUCUCAGCCAGCGGAAUCUUAUUCUGAAUAUGGAAAACAAAGCUCUUAAGCACCGCCUUGAAAGUGUAGCUCAGGAGAAGCUGAUCAAACAAUUGGAACAAGAGAUGCUGGAAAAUGAGAUUGGAAGAUUACGAGCCUUGUAUCAGCAACAGCAACAACAAAUUCAUAAACCAUCAGCAAAUCACAAACGUGCUACUAGCAAGGAUCUGGACUCUCAGUUCUCUCGUCUUUCCCUGAAUACCAAAGAUUCAAACUGUAGGCGUGACUCUGUAUCUGUGAUGGGUCAGUUCCACUUUUAGUCAAUGUGUCUGAGUGUGUCUCUACCCACUGGUUCAUAGCUCCAAAGGGCCUGCCGUUUCAACAAGAUCAGGCCCUACUCUAUUGUCUCUUAAUACUCCCUCACUUUUUAUUACGGUUGAUAUGUUAAGUCACCAAGCAACCUAUAAUACUUCCAGCAGAUGGCUUGCCUGAGGUGGUUUAGUUCGAAGAUCAGACACCUGGACUUCAUUUAUCUGGUGAUUGUUGUGGUGACUUGUGUGUAUGGUAAGAAAACACUGAUCUGGAGUUGUACUAUGCUAUCUACUGUUUGUUUGUAUUUUUAAGUUAUUGGUAAAAUGGUGCAUUCCCUUGGAGUGAAUGGUUCAUGUAAAGUUGAUGUUGUAAACUUCCCCCCAAGUGUGAAGAUAACUUGAUUGCUUAAGAAUGUGCACUUCGACACUUGUUUCACUGGACAACUCAGAUUCUGGAUUCUUGUGUGAGGCAUUUAAGCAGCUUUGGAAUUGAGUUGGAAAAGUUCUUCACCUGUGAGAAAAUUCCUAGGAGAGAAACUCUUUUCCAUAGUGCUUCUUUAUAAAGUUGUUAUAACAAAACUAUUUUUAAAAAGUGACAACAAAACUAAUGUAAUUUAUAAAAGUGCAUGUAAAGAA